AUGGAAACCCGUGUCGCAAUCGCAUUAGAACGCAACUGCCAGUCCUGCGAUAGGCCGGAUUCGGCCGAAGAUGAAAUGGUACAGUGUUGUAUAUGUCAGCUGUGGGAGCAUUUCGGAUGCGCCGGCGUCGAUAUUACCAUAAAACUACCCAGUACCAUGUACGUUUGCAGAUCUUGUGCUGCCAAACAAGGAACGUCUACCAAUGGUAAGUUGGAGGUACCUGUCACCGACAAACGUCUGUCGAAAAGUUCUAAGGGUGGUUCGAAAGCAAGCUCCAAACCCGCUACCCGCAAGCAAAAAAAAGGCCAAGAACCGACUGGAAGUGUUACAUCCAGUAUGCGUGCUGCUAUGUUAGAAGAGCAACUGAAACUUGUCGAAGAAGAGCAGAAGCUAGCCGAACAAGAACUGCUUGAACAAGAGGAUGUCAAAAGGCGACAGAUGGAAGCAGAAGAACGUCAAUUGGAUGAAAAACGGAAGCUGGCAGAGGAGGCUAACCAACUCCGCGAACGCAGAUUCAAAGAGGAACUCGAGGCGAAGAGGAAACAACAGCAAGUCAGAAGAGCUUCAUUAGAAAAACGCCAAGACAUCAUUCGACAGCUUGCGGAAGUGAGCAUUAGAAGCGGAUCAGGGAAGAGUACGUUUGUAGAUUCCAAACAAAAGGUGGAAAGCUGGUUAGCCGCACAAGAUGGUGGAUUACAUGAACGACAAGGUUUGCAGAGAGCUGCCUCUCCAGAUUUGCCUCUUUUCAACGGUAAUCCGGAAGAAUGGCCUAUCUUCUUCAGCAACUUCGAGCAGUCAUCAGCCACGUGCGGCUAUUCAGAUGCAGAGAAUCUGGUUCGUCUGCAAAGAUGCUUAAAGGGUCACGCCUUGGAAUCGGUAAGGAGCCGCCUGCUUCUUCCAGCGAGUGUACCGCACGUCAUCCAGACUCUGCGUACCCUCUAUGGCAGACCAGAGCUCAUCAUACGCUCGUUAAUGAGCAAAAUCCAGGACGUUCCAGCACCGAGACACGACCGAUUGGAAACGAUAAUCGAAUUCGGCCUCUCUGUGCAAAACUUCGUAGACCACCUGAAAGCAGCCAAUCAGCAUAACCAUCUAGCCAAUCCGGCUUUGAUGCAGGAACUUGUUGAGAAACUUCCUGGAUCCAUGCGACUAGAUUGGGCCGUUUUCAAAAACAGACACCAUUCAGCGACACUAGAAACAUUCGGAGAGUAUAUGUCCGGAUUGGUGAUGGCAGCGAGCGAAGUGUCAUUUGAUCUCCCAAGCUCGGGAGGGAAUGCGAGGGGUGAUAAGCGGAAGUCGAAAGAGAGUGGAAUUGUUUAUGCACACUCAGCAGAUCACACCUUUUCUACGGCAAACAUUAAUAGUGUCAAGACAGCGAAGCCCUGUGUAGCAUGCGGCCGAACUGGUCAUCGAUUGGCGGAAUGCCAUCAACUCAAGGGUGCAACUGUAGAUGAACGAUGGAAACUUGUGCAACAGUACGGCUUGUGUCGAACAUGCUUGAAUAACCACGGUCGGUGGCCGUGUCGUUCAUGGAAUGGGUGUGGUGUCGAAGGAUGCCGACAAAAACACAACACUCUUCUACACAAUUUUUCGCCUGAUAACACAGGUAUGUCAGCUAGCCAUGUGUUGUCCGAGCAUUUGAAAUGGCCACUUUUCCGCAUUGUACCUGUCGUUAUCUACAACGGCAGUCGCGCCCAAACAACAUUUGCAUUUAUUGAUGAGGGAUCGUCGUAUACCUUGCUGGAAGAAUCCGUGGCGAAACAGUUGGAUGUCAGUGGCCAGGUUUCCAUCUCUGGCAAAGGUUGCGCCACUCGCCACAAACUGAUCGAUGCUCGAACGGUCGGCAGCCUGGUCCUACCGUCGCAGUCGCUCAACUAUGGUGAAUUAGCGAAUCGAUUUCCUCACUUGCGUGGUCUACCUUUGGAGGACUACGAACUCGUCCAGCCCAAACUGUUGAUAGGUCUGGACAACUUGAGGUUAUGUGUCCCCUUGAAGCUGCGGGAAGGUGGUCCGAGCGAUCCAAUAGGAGCGAAAUGUAGACUAGGAUGGAGCAUCUAUGGUUGCAUUCCAAAUUCUUCAACGCAAACAGCAGUUGUUAGUUUCCAUAUCGGAAAAAUUAGCGAUGCUGAUCGGGAAAUGAAUGAGCAACUACGCGACUACUUUACGUUGGAGAAUGUAGGCAUUACCGGUACACCAAUUACUCCGGAAUCGGAGGAAGACAAAAGAGCCAGGCAACUUCUGGUAGACACAACACGGCGUGUAACCUCUGGCUCAGGGUUUGAAACAGGACUGUUGUGGAAAACGGAUUACCCAUUGGAAAGAAAACUUCAGAAAAAUCCGAAGUUAGAGCGACGAGUACGGGAGCAGAUCUCGGAGUACAAGCGAAAAGGAUACGCUCACAAAGCAAGUUUGAGGGAAUUAACCUCAGUAGAAGCAGGACGGGUAUGGUAUCUUCCCCUGGGAGUUGUAACCAAUCCCAAAAAACCCGAGAAAGUACGACUGAUCUGGGACGCUGCGGCCAAAGUCAAUGGCAUUUCCUUCAACUCUAAGCUGCUCAAGGGACCUGAUGUUUUAUCACCACUUCCAAAGGUCCUCUGUUGUUUCCGUCAGUUCCCCGUCGCCAUUUGCGGGGACAUCAUGGAAAUGUUCCAUCAAAUUAAAAUACGAAUUCCGGAUCGACAGUCUCAACGGUUCUUGUUUCGCGAUAAUCCAUCGCAUCAUCCGGAGGUGUAUGUCAUGGAUGUUGCCACAUUUGGAUCUACGUGUUCUCCAGCAUCAGCACAGUACAUCAAGAACCUCAACGCAGAAGAAUAUUUCGAUAAGUAUCCUCGAGCUGCAAGUGCAAUCAAGAACAAGCACUAUGUGGAUGAUUACCUGGAUAGCUUUCAGACAACCCAGGAAGCUAUAGCAGUUUUGAGAGAAGUAAAAUUAGUACACUCGUUAGGUGGAUUCACGCUACGGAACUUCCUGUCUAAUGAGGCCGAAGUUUUGGAUGGAAUAGGAGCAUCAUCUCCAGUGGAAACGAAAAGCAUGGAUCUGGAACGGGGAGAGAAGUCGGAAUCGGUUCUAGGCAUGAAAUGGAUUCCGGAAGAGGAUGUAUUCGUAUACACGCUUGGUCUAAGAGAAGAUCUACAGUACAUACUUGCAGAGGGCCACAUUCCCACCAAACGAGAGAUAGCUAGAGUCGUGAUGAGCUUGUUCGACCCUCUGGGGUUCAUUGCCUUUUUCCUCGUGCACGGUAAAAUUCUGCUACAGGACAUUUGGGCAAAAGGAACAGAAUGGGAUCAGCAGAUACCGCCCGAAAUCAAUGAACGAUGGCAGCAAUGGUCUAAUCACUUUGGGAAGUUGCAACAGCUUCGUAUACCCCGAUGCUAUUUCCACGCGCCGUUUCCAGAGAAUAUUAAUGACAUUCAAAUUCACCUUUUCGUCGAUGCAAGCGAGUUAGGAUACGCCUGUGCGGUGUAUUUCCGAUUGCAGUCCGACCGUGGCGUACGAGUAGCUUUGGUUGGAGCUAAAACCAAAGUAGCCCCAAUGAAAACGCUCUCAAUUCCUAGGCUGGAGCUCAAAGCAGCUAUUCUCGGCGUACGUUUUAUGGAAACCAUCCAAACUUUCCAUGAGUUUCCAAUCUCUCGUCGCUACUGUUGGACCGAUUCCGGAACAGUACUUGCAUGGAUACGGUCGCAUGAUCACAGGCGCUUCCACAAGUUUGUAGCAGUGCGCGUCGGUGAAAUUUUGACUUCCACGGAGGUGAACGAAUGGAAGUGGGUGCCGACCAAACUCAAUGUAGCAGAUUUAGCCACUAAAUGGGACGCGAAUCUACAGUUUACCAACAACAGCACCUGGUUCCAGGGGCCAAACUUCAUCCAUUGUCCAGAAGAAAGUUGGCCACAACAACAGCCAAACAUCUCAACGGAGGUAGAAAUACGUCCAGUCAAUUUUCACUGCGCUACUUUUGAACCGAUAAUGGAUUAUGCUAGAUUCAGCCGUUGGAAUCGACUGCAUCGGUCUACGGCAUACGUAUUGCGUUUCAUCGAUAACAUCCACCGGAAGAAGCAAGGUCAGGAAAUAGAGCUCAGGGCACUCAAAGUCAACAGUGAUGAACUAUGCAUAGCUGAAGAAGUCCUGUGGAAGUCAGCCCAAAUGGAUGUCUACCCCGUCAAGUCGCAAGGACCACCUGAACGCCGACACAAUACAGUGGAGAAGUCCAGCAAUAUCUACAUCAAGUGGCCUUUCCUCGACAACAGAGGAAUCUUGCGGUCCCGUGGCCGCAUCGAAGCAGCUCCAUACACAGCAAUGGAGGCUAAAUUUCCUGUUAUUCUUCCCAAACAUCACGCAAUAACUUCUCUUAUCGUAGACUGGUAUCAUCGUCACUUCCGCCACGCGAAUCGUGAGACAGUCGUUAACGAAGUUCGUCAACGUUUUGACAUCCCGAUGUUAAGAAGAUUGGUGGACAAAAUUGCAAAAGAAUGUAUCCAGUGCCGCAUUUUGAAAGCUGCUCCAAGACCGCCGGUGAUGGCUCCACUUCCGAAGCAGCGUUUGACGGCAUUCGUGCAACCAUUUACGUUCACAGGGCUGGAUUACUUCGGUCCAAUACUUGUCAAGGUUGGUAGAAGCAAUGCCAAACGUUGGGUGGCUCUCUUCACCUGCUUCACUACCAGAGCAAUCCACUUGGAAGUGGCACAUUCUCUGAAUACAGAAUCAUGUAUAAUGGCUGUACAACGCUUCGUAUCUCGCCGUGGACUUCCUAAGGAAUUCUGGACUGACAAUGCAACCUGUUUCCAUGGCACGAAUAACGAACUAAAGACACUCUCAGAAGCAACGAAAAGGGCCAUGGCGGAAAAGUUUACCACAGCACAGACAUCCUGGAAGUUUAUCCCACCAGCUACACCACACAUGGGCGGGGUAUGGGAGCGACUCGUCCGCUCGGUCAAGACAGCCAUCGGAGUAAUAACAGAAGGACCACGCCGCCCGGAUGACGAAACGUUGGAAACAAUUCUGCUCGAUGCAGAGCGAAUGAUUAAUUCAAGACCUCUCACCUACGUCCCAAUAGAAUCGGCAGAUCAAGAAGCUCUGACGCCGAACCAUUUUUUGUUGGGACACUCAUCCGGUUCAAAAUUUAUGCCCAACGAGGUCAUGGACAUCCGAUCUACACUUCGGAGUAACUGGAAGAUGGCCAGUUUCAUCACCCAUGAAAUUUGGAAACGGUGGCUGAAGGAGUAUCUUCCGAUAAUUACGCGCAGAUGCAAAUGGUUUCAGGAUGUCGCCGACUUGGCAGUUGGAGAUUUGGUCUUAGUGGUGGACGGAAAGGCUAGAAACCAGUGGCUUCGUGGGAGAAUUGAGGAAGUGAUCCCUGGUCGGGAUGGGAGAUAUAUACGUUUCAUCAUAUUCAUCUACACGAUACAGAAGAUAUUUCUAGUAGCCGUAGAGCAGUGUAGAUUCGGUAGUGCUCAGAAUAGAUUAGAGAUUAUUCGGCGGGAUAACGAGAAAGACGAGGAAAUUCGUAUGUUGAGAGAAGAAAUAGUCAAGUUAAAGCAAGCCAAUAGCAAGGAAAUCGAUAACGACAAAGACAAGGAGAUCGCUAGCCUCCGUAAGGAAGUUGCAGAGUUGAGGAAUAUGAUAGAUAGGCUCAGUCAGUGCAAAGUAGUUCUGGAAAAGAAAAUAGAUCUGGAGAUUUCAGAAACAGAUGAAGCAAUGUCCGAGAGCGAAGCUCAGAACGAGAAUGCAGGAAGCAUUGAAAAAACCGGUGUCUCGGAAUCGCAAGCCGUGAAUCGACAACGUACUACGGCGGUCUGUUCGGGGAUAGGUGAAGAGAAAGUACCCACCCCACUCACCCACGGGGGAGAGAACUAUCCGAGAGACGAGAGCGAGGACGUCACACACCCACCAGUACUCUGUCAGCCUGCCUGA